AUGGCGAAAGGUAAUCGCCAGGCCUAUAGUUGUAACCUGGAAGCAAAGAAACAUUUGAACUCCUGGAGAAUGAUGCUAUACCCUUGCUUCAGUAUAUGUAUAAUUAAUAAGAGACUUAUAAAUUUUUUCUUGGAGAUUUGAAGUACUAUUCAAAGCACGCGUAGAAGUUGCUUUAAAUGCUAAAUGACCUAAAAAAAUGACACGUCUUAUUUUAAAAAUAAACGUGGUUUGAGCCGAGAAAAUCAUAGCUAAAGUUUAUGUAAAUUGACAUGAUUUUUUAUCAAAUAUAAAACCACCAACACGCCAGUGAUUUCAUUGGUCUUUUCCUUAUGAAUUAUGAAAUGAGUUUUUAAAGCAUUUUUAAUUUUUAAACCUCAUAAAGAGUUCUCCUUCUAGGAAUAGCUAAUGCAAGACCAAUCAUAAAGAAAAUACCAAACAAAGCAAUCUAUGAUAUUGGAGAGGAAGUCAAACUAACAUGCAGUGCAGAAAAAACUCUCAAUGGGUAUGAAAUCAAAUGGUACAAAAACAGUUCAAAUAGAGAGCCAAUUGAAAUGGAGAAAGCUAAGACCGUAUGGAUAGGCGAUAUUCAACAUGAAACGUUGUUGUUGAAGUCGUUAUCAGCGCAGGAUGUGGGGAUCUACAAGUGUAAAAUAUCCUUUCUUGAGUAUAACGCCUUUGAUUUGGCAAAUAUAACCCUGAAAGGUAAUGAUCAUUAUAUUUGUUAUUAACAAUUCUUUUAAUAUCAAUUUUUAAUUUUCCUUGGUCCGUUAUUUACGCGAAUUUUAUGCUGACGUGAAUGCGACUAAUUUGGGUCGUCCCAGAGCCAGAAAAGCCAGUACGCGGAUUUGCGGAAGUGAACCGAUAAUGUCGCUUCCGAAGUGAUAUAUGAACCAUUUUUUGCCACAGGGUUUAUUUUAACGUGCAGUUCUACACAAAAUGUGCAGUACUGACUUCUGAACCCAUUUGUGCCGUUCUUAAAUAAUAAUGUGGAUUUUUCUGUGUUGAUGUUAUGUACUCAUGUGAAUAUGGUGCUUGCGAUGUUAUUCUGAGUGUAUAUCCACACCGGACAAGCUUGAAAAAUAUGCCUGUCCACGGUCGGAAUCGAACCUACGACCUUUGGAAUACUGGCCCAAUGCUCUCCCAACUGACAUACGAGGUCAGGUCGGUUCGAGUAUGUGAUAUUUCGCAGCUGCUCCUGUGGAUAUACACUCAGAGUAACAUCACAAACAUCAUAUUCACCUGAGUACACAACAUCAACACAGAAAAAAUCAUAUUACUAAAUUGCAUUGAUAUCGAAGGAAAUAGACUCAGUUCCGAAAUAUCACAUACUCGAACUGACCAAACCGCGUAGCUCAGUUGGCAGAGCAUUGGGCUAGUAUUCCAAGGUCGCGUAGGUUCGAUUUCGACCGUGGCCAGGCAUAUUUUUGAAGCUUAUCCGAUGUGGAUAUACACUCAGAGUAGCAUCACAAACAACAAUAAUGUGGAGUCACCAAAUUAACAAAAAAUAUAACUAGUCAUCUCAUUUACUUGUUUUCCUGGUUGAUGAUCCAGAAAAUGGCAGAAAUGCUGUCAUUGUCCAUUGAGCAUCAAAUAUAAAAUUUUUCUGAGGGAGGACCCCCAUACCCUCCUAUUUUCCUCAAAAAUCACUUACGCGCAGGGGUAAUGGAGUAGAAAAUAAAAUUGGGGCGAGCGAAGCUCCCCAAAAGAGAUUAGAGUGGGAGAACCGAAUAUACUUUGCUGCCUGAGAUACAAAUUUACGGUUAUUAUAUAUUGAAUAUUCAUAGUUCCCAGCUACAUCGGAAACCGUGUUUGUGGGUGUUUGGGUAACACAGAUCUUUGCCAGAACUUUUAAGAGCCUCCAGAUUCAAUUUUUUGUGAACACCAUGCAACUACCUUCCCCACCAAAAAUCGAAUUUGUCUGGCCUUUCUCCCACCAAACCGCCAUAAUUACAACUUUUAACGUUAAAUAUCAAAUCCAGGUAAAAUAUGCUUUGACCCCCCCCCCAGUCAGACACCUGAUGCUUCGUAACAUCCCUAUAUGUGCAGUUCUAAAAUGUUCUUCAAAAUGAACCCUGUUUUGCCACGGUCAAUCACGUUUUUAGCUCUAGCAAGUGUUCGCCGAACAUGGACUAAACUGCCAUGUGUAAUAAAAAAGAAAAAUGAUUUGCCAACAGUGUCACAACCCAUACCAAAUUUUCAGAAUCCGAUGAAAAUCAUCAUUAUACUUCCUCUAAUUUCAACAUGUGUAGAAAGAACCUUCAUUGCCUAAAGUAAAUAGCGAGGAAAAAAGUAAAGUUUUUGUUAGUCUUCUGGAUUUAAUCAGGGGGUAUGACCCUCCCCUUUGUGAGGAAUUUUAGGGUGCGCAAAAACCUUUACCGGGGCGCCGAAGCUGCAUGGAAUUAAACCAGAAUUGUCAAUAUUAUUAAAAUAAUUGAGGAAAUUUGUAACGAUUGGAGCCAAAUUUUGAGUUGCAAUUGGCCUUCCCUGACAAACAGGCAGCAACGAUGCGACCGUACUAUAAAUUAUAACUUCUUUUGAAAUUUAUUAUGCCUAACGCACAAACGUUCGGGCAGUGCCAUGUAGCCAUUAACAUCGGUGCUUUUCAAUUCAAAAUGUAAACCCCAACUACUUGAAUCAUUUCUGUUGGUAGAAAGACGACCUUUUUUAAAAAAUCGACUUUUAAUAAUUUUGGGAAUCCCGAAUGGCCUAAUUUUGUCAUUAUUGCCUGAUAAUUCCAGAGUAUUUCAUACCGCUCUCCAUGGUUUUGCGCUAAGCAUACAAUGGCCAUUACGAGAGUAGCCAGCGUGGCCGGCUCUUUUAUAGGGCAGAUAAUUGAAAGAGAGCCUGCCCGGAAGCCCUAGUAAAAUUGAUGCUCUCGGCAGCCAGCUGCCGAGAAUUGUGAUUGGCUGAAUUUACGUUGACGACAGGUUGAUUGACAUGUUACGCUAAUUUAUUCAACAAUUUAAAAAUAAAUACAGUAAAAACAAACGGCACCGCUAUAUUAUGUAAAGUGUAAACCUGUCGGCUAAAAUAUAAAUUCAAAAGAGAAAGUGUAAAAUGUAUAACAUAUACCGGUAUCUAAACAGAAUAAGGCAAGCCAUACUGCUAUUACUGCAUAUGUCGUAUGAUUUUACCGUAUGGUCACUAUAGUAUAGCGAGUAUAAAACCUUGGCUGUCCUUGCCUUGUCUAUAUUUUGCUGGCUGGCAAAUUACGAUUAUAUAAAAUAAUAAUUCCCCAUUGUGUUUAAUACAGCAUAAUAAUCCGAAGCUCUCUUUGGAGCAUUUAAAAUACAUUUGCCUGCCAACGUGUAUAACACGAGAAGGGUUCUAUUUACUUUUCGUAAGUCAUUUAUUAUAUUUAAUACUGCAAUAUUUAUAACUGUAUUUAUACAGCCAUACAGGUGCAAAGCAUAACAUAAUUUUGAACGGUCUUCGUCUACUAUUAAUUUCCAGACAAAGUCGAAGGGCCUUCGCUCGAAAUGCCGACGUUUUGCUUGUAUUUCCAGGCAGUUGAAUCGCUAUCCAUCUAUUGUAAAAAGUUUUAUAUUGAAAGCAUGUAGCGCAGGCUAUAGUAAAUAUGCAACAAUUGACAUUUCAAGUCAUCAAUUUAUACAAAACUAUUUCGAGUGGGCGGUGUUAAUAUGGAAUAUUAACUAAGUGGGCGGCAUCAAUUUGACUAGGGCUUUCGGGCAGGCUCUACUUAUAAAAGAGCCGGCCACGCUGGCUAUUACGAGAGUAUUUAGUAUCGAUUGAUUAGUGUGACAAAAAGUAUAUCCCUCAACUUUCAAGCAUGCAAAAUCUAAUUCAAAUAUUUAAUUUCAUCGCAGUUCCAUUGGAACCUGAUAUUCAAAUACUGAAUGAACAAAAUAAUUUCCAUCCGAAUGAAGGAAAGGGUUUUUCACUAUCGUACCACGUGCUAUCUUACCCAGACUCUGAUAUUACAUGGUGGAGAUCUAAAGAUGGAAAAGAAUAUGAGUUGAUAACUCAGUGUUUGGCGACAAAUAAGUGCGUCAAAAAAGAUCACGGAGGCAAGGAAAAUAUUACGAAGACAAGUUUCGAAAUAGAAGAUCUUAGAUUUCCCAAAGAUAAUUUCUUCUACAAAUGUAAUGCAAGUAAUGAUUCUGGAAAUGACUCGGAAUCCUUUCAAUUGGAAGUUUAUGGUAAUCUAAAUAAUAUAUAACUAGUUUACCCACAGGGUAGUGAAUGCUGCCUUUGUAUAGCAUUGUUCCCAAAUCUUUAAAUGAGAUUUUUUGUAUGUUACGUAACACGCGCUCAAAACUAAUGCUUAUAAUAUACCACAUGAGACUAGGACUAAAAUCAAAAUUUUUAUUUUUCGAUACGUUUCUCAAUCGGUAAAAAAAAACUUAAAAAGUAUGUUUAGUGCUUUAUCUGUAAAAUAAUGCUAAAAUGAAGAGAUUUUAGAUGAUACGCCAAAGAGAAAGUGAUGUCUGUCUGAAGUUCAGUAGGUUUUGCUUAAAUGGCUGUAAAUAUAGCGUCAAUUUUAAGGCAUCAUUGUUAUAUAAUUGUAUUUUAAUUGCCAAUUUUUAACUAUUAUUUUAUGUUUCUCAACCGGCAGACGCAUUUAAAAAGGUAGCUAACUCUAUAAACUGUAGAGAAUAAAGCUAAAACAAAGUAAUUUUGAGAGGAACGCCAAAAAGAUUUUAGGUUUUGAACACUUUUCAUUCCAAAUACGUGACAUUUAAAAAUUGCCUCUUAAUAUUUUAAAGAAUAAGAGUAAGAAAUAUUCGUAAUGAAUUGGAAUCAUCCAUAAUUUAUACACUUGAAUGUGCCGUAUGAUAACUCGGCGCUCGAGGUUUUGUAUCGAAAAAGGAACAGCCGAACAGGUACGAUGGCUAACAAGAAUGAGUGGACUUAUCAACUUAUCUAACGCGAGGAAAAUAUCAAAAUGGCAGGUAUGGCUGAGAUAUCUAGUAUAUAAAAUUGUAUAGACAAUUUGCCCACAAAUACGGUGCUAGGUCAAAACGGCCCAAAGUCAAAACGGCCCCGCUUCAAUAAUCAUAUGAUUUAGACCAGGGGUUAAAAUGCAAUGACAAUGACAUGCAGGUGAGUGCGAGUGUGAGUCUCACUAUAAAAUUUGCGUGUUUAAUAAUGUUUAUCAAAGAAGGCAAAAAUAUAUACAAGACAACCUCACUUGUGAAAUCUGACGCACUGCGUUGUGAUGCAGUAGGCUACAAGUACAAAUACAAAUGACAAAGCAUUUUUAAAGGCUUUAGUUUAAAUCCUAAAACAUAAUUAAGGUUACAGGAUACCCUAGACAUGCCUUUCGGGAGAUCCGCUAUAACUCGAUCAAUUUUAAUACCAAUUCCAUCAAAUUUUCACCAAAUGUAUUUAGAUAAAUGUAGUAUAAGAUGUUCUUAUCAUAUGUACGAAAGAAUAAAUACUUAUUCAGAUAUUUGCCGAAGUCUAAAAUCGCUGUACUUCCGCGCCGUGAAGUUUGUUAGACGCCGGUUUUACUCAAAUCCUAUAAAAAUAUCAUUUUUAGUCUUCUCAAAGGUUGUUCUAAAAAACGUUGUUCGCGUUUUGUAGUUGCUUUAGGGGUUCAUGAGUUACGGCAUAUUUAUUCCAGACCUAUGCUAUAUUGCAACUAAUUGACAACAAAAAGCUUGUAACUUGCUUAUUAUUUGAAUAAAAAGCUCGCGCGCACACCGUUUUGUAGGCGAAAUAUGUACCUAUGCUGUGUGGAAAUUUGACAAAAAUCGGUUAAAACGAACGCUUAACAAACUUUAUUUAGUGCGUAUAUUCGACUCAAAAUUCAAGUGUCUCAAAAAGCGCUUUGAAAAUUUCGCGGGUUUUCUUUCAGUGUAAUCAGGUACUGCGCCUACUGUGACGUACUGUCAUUAUAAAGUUAAUCCGAUGACAGAUAACGUUUGCGGCAAGACCACAAUAUAUAAUCAAGUCAUGCCUAAACGAAAAGGAAGACAAACCAACGCGCCACAAAAAAGCGCAGAAUCUCAAAAGCGACAAAAAUGCAGAACGAUAGAGUUCAGCUGAUGGCGAUGUGGACCACAAAGAAAAACUAAUGGCAACGACUAAUGGCAAUGCGGCUUAUGGAUAUCCUGUCGAAGUACUAAAUUUCCUGAGCGAUAUCGCGGUGAUGUAAAGAGAGAAAGAGACGCGAGUUUGAUCCUUGCACUGUUCUCCUGCACUUCGGUAAAUAAUGUUUAAUUAUAGUUUUAUUAAUUUCUUUACAGUGAAACCUGAGAUUAAUAUGGAGAAGACACAUGGAUACAAAGAAGGGCUGAUGAUUAAUUGUUCAUUAAAGAGAAGUAAUCCCCCAGAAGUAAAUUACACCUGGUAUUUAUGUGACACUACCAACUGCUUGAGGAAAAGCCAAAGUUUGGCCGAAAAAUCUAUCUUACGAAUUUAUAGUCAAACAAAGUCUGUUAUGACGUAUAAGUGCAAAGCCACGAAUGCUGCUGGUAGUGCAUCUAAAAUCAUUGAGGUGUUGAAGUCCGGAGAAAUCAACAGUAAGUCUACCUGUACCAAAUCUAAAUUACAGAUUGAAUUAUGCAUGCCGUGA